AUGGCACUGACCGGAGUUUCUGCCGCCGUUGGUCGUGUCCUCCGCCGCGAAAAACCCCAAAAACCUCUCCUCAACACCCGACCCGAAACCUCAAUAACCCACCAAAUCCUCGACCAACUCGAACACGGCAACAUCUCCAAAGCCGUCUCCCUCCUCUUCCCUUCUCUAGAGCCAGUCUCGUACUGGCUCUACGAGCGUCUCCUCCGCUCAUGCUCCUCGAAAUCACUCGUCGUGCAAGCCCGCAAAGUCGUCUCCCACCUCGUCACAUUCUCCCCUCUCCCUCCCAUCUUCCUACUAAACCGAGCCAUCGAGACUUACGGGAGAAUCGGCUGCGUUCACGAUGCACGCGAAUUGUUCGAGCAAAUGCCUGAACGAGACGGAGGGUCUUGGAACGCGUUGAUCACGGCUUGUGUUAAGAACGAGUUGCACGAGGAGGUGUUUCGUAAUUUCGUUAGGAUGAAUAGAGAUGGGAUACGAGGCACGGAGACUUCCUUUGCUGGUGUUUUGAAGUCUUGCGGUUUUGUGUUGGAUUUGAGGUUGUUGAGGCAGCUUCAUUGCUCUGUGGUGAAGUAUGGGUAUUCGGGGAAUUUGGAUUUGGAGACUUCGUUUGUUGAUGUUUAUGGGAAGUGUAAGGUUAUGAGUGAUGCGAGGAGAGUUUUUGAUGAGAUGGGAAGGCCUAGUGAUGUUUCUUGGAAUGUGAUUGUGAGGAGGUAUCUUGAGAUGGGUUUGAAUGAGGAGGCGGUGUUGAUGUUUUUCAAGAUGUUGGAGUUGAAUGUUCGACCUUUGAAUCAUACAGUCUCUAGUGUGGUUUUAGCUUGUUCAAGAUCACAGGCACUUGAGGUGGGGAUGGUGAUCCACGCCAUUGCUGUGAAACUUAAGUUUUUGCCAGACACGAUUGUUUCGACUUCUGUAUUUGAUAUGUAUGUGAAAUGUGGGAGAUUAGAGAAUGCUCGUAGAGUGUUUGAUCAAACAGAGUGUAAAGAUUUGAAGUUUUGGACUUCAGCUAUGUCAGGGUAUGCGAUGAAUGGUAUAACUAGAGAUGCAAGGGAGCUUUUUGAUUUGAUGCCUGAGAGGAAUAUAAUCUCAUGGAACGCUAUGUUAGGUGGAUAUGUACGUGCUAAUGAAUGGGAUGAGGCGCUGGAUUUUUUAACCUUGAUGCGCAAGGAGAUGGAAGGUAUUGAUAAUGUCACUCUUGUGUGGAUUUUAAAUGUCUGCUCAGGUGUUUCAGAUGUUCAAAUGGGGAAGCAAGCUCAUGGUUUCAUCUACCGGCAUGGUUAUGAUGCUAAUGUGAUUGUAGCUAAUGCACUUCUUGAUAUGUAUGGCAAAUGCGGAACCUUUGGGAGUGCCAAUGCUUUGUUCCGUCAGAUGAGUGAGCUAAGAGAUGAGGUUUCAUGGAAUGCUUUAUUAACUGGUUUAGCUAGAGUUGGUCGAAGUGAACAAGCUUUAUCUUUCUUUGAAGGGAUGCAGCUUGAGGCAAAGCCUAGCAAAUACACACUAGCAACGCUCUUAGCGGGCUGUGCAAACAUUCCUGCUCUUAGUUUAGGCAAAGCAACUCAUGGUUUCCUGAUCAGAAACGGCUAUGAUGUUGAUGUUGUUAUACGUGGUGCUAUGGUUGACAUGUAUUCCAAAUGCAAAUGUUUUGACUACGCUAUCCAUGUAUUCGAAGAGGCGGCAGCGGGUACAAGGGACUUGAUGCUAUGGAACUCUAUGAUCCGUGGAUGCUAUCGUAAUGGAAGAAGCAAAGAGGUGUUUGAGUUGUUCAUGCUUAUGGAAGAUGAAGGAGUUAAGCCUGACCAUGUUACCUUUAUGGGUAUCUUACGUGCUUGCAUACGAGAAGGCCACGUGGAACUCGGUUUUCAGUAUUUUAGUUCUAUGAGCAGCAAGUAUUUUAUAUUGCCUCAGGUUGAGCAUUAUGAUUGUAUGGUUGAGCUUUACUGCAAGUAUGGGUGUUUGCAUCAGCUUGAAGAGUUUCUCCUCUUGAUGCCUUUUGAUCCACCUAUCCAAAUGUUGACAAGGGUAUAUGAUGCGAGCAAAAAGUACGGAUGGGGAAAGUUGGGAGAAUGGGCUGCUAAAAAGCUUCAUGAAUGAUCAUCACGUUCAGGUUCAGGUUCAGCCACCAUAUAUUAACAAAGAUAUUGUGUUUUGAGGAUUUGAGCAUAUGCAUUUAAGAAGAUUGUAGACAAAAUCUGGUGUCUUUUGAAGACCAUUUAGAGGAAAGGGGAUGAAGCCGUUGCCACAAGAGGUGACAGAGAUACAAUUCCCCGGGCCAUAUGCAAUGUAAGUUGUUUACUCUUAUACAAGCCUAUUAAUUAAGAUUGAUCUCUGAGUUUUUCACAUUUUUUUGUUAUGAGAUUUUAUCACACUUUUGUGUGUGUAAAUCUCUGUUUUGUAAUUUUCAAAGAAGUCUGAUAUCUCCCUUAGACAGAGGAAUCGCUCUAUCAAAAAGAUCAAUGUGAUGUCAUUUUAUUUGAUAUGUAAAGCAAUGCAGAACAGUUUAUAAAUAGUAACU